AUGAUAACAUUGUUACCACUAAUACUUCUGAUGUUGUCCAUGCCCUUAUUUCCCAACUCAAACUUGAGUUUGCAUGCAUUAAAAGAUCUUGGUGAUCUCUCAUUCUUCUUGGGGAUUCAAGCAACCCGUGACUCUAAUGGGCUUCAUCUUCAUCAAGGAAAAUAUGUUACAUAUUUGUUACGUCAAAGUGAUCCUCUCUUAGAUCCCACCAAAUAUCGCCAUAUUGUGGGUGCUCUUCAAUAUUGUAUGUUGACUCGCCCUGAUAUUGUGUACAGUGUUAACCAGUUAUGUCAGUUUCUCCACUCGCCCACUUCAGUGUAUAUGACGGCAGCAAAGUGUGCCCUACGUUAUCUUAAAGGAACAUUGCAUUAUGGCUUGUAUUAUACGCCGAGUUCGUUGAAAUUAAAUGUAUUUAGUGAUUUUGAUUGGGCUGGGAGUCCUGAUGACAAAAAAUCCACAACUGGUUAUGCGAUCUACUUAUGUCCCUGUUUGAUCUCUUGGGCUGCCAAGAAGCAACCUAUUGUUGCUUGGUCAAGCAUGUAA